AUGUUUAAUUUUUUGAUUAUUGGCAAUAGAAAACUUCUGUUUGCCUUAAUUUUGCUUAUAACUAUGUAUAUAUAUAUUGGACGUGAAGCUACUGUUGAUGUAAUUCAGAAAGGUCGAAAGAGCCAUAAAAAUCUCCACAUUAAUGCAUCUGCCAAAGCGACUGCUGCCCCGCAACCUCAAACGACUGCCUCGUGCAGCGUCUUUAACGUUUUUGAUCAUGUGUGCAAAAUACCAAGAGUCGAUCCAUUCUCCCCUGAUGUCAUGGCCAUGUUUAAGCCUCCCAAGCCCAAGGCAUGUACGGAUCAGCCCGGCCUAUUCACUGUGCGAUAUAAUAAACAGCAAAAACUAUAUCUAUUGCGCUUUAAUAAAUCUCUAUUUGUGGAACUAUUUCCAAGUGUGACCCACUAUGCGUGCGUCUUUUACGAGAUCGUUAGUGGACCAAGUGAUAAGCCCAUCUGGAACAAGGGAUCACCAUUUACUUGUAGUAACCGGAUCGUGGCCCGUUCCAUUCAAGGAAUUGUCGUGGAGUGCUUUGAGUUAGGCAACAGGUCUCGAAUCCUGCAACGUGAUGCAUUCUCUUUUGUGCAGCAUCUAGUCGGACGGAAUGAAACGAACGAUGAGAAGCGCAGUCGGGCCUAUCCCAGUGUCAUAAUGUUGGGCAUUGACUCCAUGUCUCAGAUGAACUUUCAAAGAACGAUGCCACGGACUGCAAAGUUUGUGAAGCAGACAGGGUGGAAUGAGAUGCUUGGCUAUACUAGCGCUGGAGAUAAUAUGCUCUACAAUCAAAUUAUUUUACUCACCGGUCGAGCACUGCCACAAUUGCAGCACUUUUGCGAUAUGGUGAAACCAAGUUGCUUGGACGCUUUAAAUUACCUGUGGAAUCAUUUUCACAACUCGGGAUAUUUGACUGCCUAUGCGGAAGAUUCUCUCUCCUUAGCCUUCACGCGCAAGCCCGUGGAUUACUAUCUCUAUCCCAUUCUGAAAGUGUUCAAGGAAAUUAUGGAAAGGGAAGGGCGUGGUCAGGGGGAAUCCGACUACUGCCUGGGCCGGAGAGAGAGUUUCCACUAUGUUUUCGAGUCUUGCCUGCAGUUGGUACAGCGAUUCAUGAAUGAGACGCCCAAGCCGCUCUUCGGGCUCUACUGGACAAAGACCUUCAGCCAUGAGGACUUUAGCGCAGCGGCACGCGUGGAUAGGAAUUUCGUGAGGUAUCUUGAGCUGUACAGGGAGCACGGCUUAUUCGAUAAGGCAGUUGUCAUCUUGUUCAGCCUCCAUGGACAGCGCAAGGGACCUUUGAUGCGGUUGGCCUCGGGCUUUCUGGAAGAGCGAUUGCCCAUGUUGCACAUCUAUUUACCGCCUUGGUACCGAAAACAGUAUCCAGACGUCAGAAACGCGCUUGAGGUGAAUCGUCGUCGGCUGUGCUCCCCAUAUGAUUUGCAUUUGACUAUUAAGAAUCUGCUCGUGCAGGUGCAUCCCGGCAUUGUGUUCCAGAAAGAGGCAAUAAAAGCUCAAUCGCUAUUUGUCAAUCUGGGCGUCAAUCGCACUUGCGAGGAUGCUGGCAUUUCCCAUUACUAUUGCAGCUGUGAUUUGCAUAUGACCGUGGCGAACAAUCAGCACAUGAUUGACUUAGCGAAGACAGUUGUAUAUCGCAUCACACAAUAUCUGAAUAGGCCGGACUUUGAAAGUAAGUGUUAUCGAUUAAAAUUCGAUAGAUUGCUAAGAGCCGAGCGGAAACAAUUUUUCGACAUUGAUGGAAAUGAGGUGGAGCCACAGAAUGGAAUUUUUUCGUUCCAUUUGAAGUUCACCACUCAACCGAAAGCGAUUUUCUAUGCGACAGUUCAUUGCAGCAAGGGGCCGAGUAUUAUACGAGUUCCUGGGGAUUGGAUACGACGUUUGGAUGUCAUUCCGAACAAGACCAAUUGUGUGGAUGAGCCCAACGCAAAGGAGAUCUGCCUUUGCAAACCAAAAGCUUAAUUUUUUAUUCAUAUUCAUGAAUCCGUGAGGGACACACAAGCGAAACAGGAAAUUUCGCACUAUCCAAGACCUUAGACAACACACUAAUCUGCAAGUUCUGCGAGUACUAUCUAUUGUUAUUUAUUCAUUAUAAAGCAGACAUUCAGUUUACAGUCACCAACUAGACAAAUUCGAAAUUGUAAAGAAAUAAAAAAUAAAUAAAAAAUGACUCGUCACCUGAUUGUGAAAUACAGAAA